UAUCGCAAAAUUCCUCCAUUUGGACGAGGAACAAUACGACGGUUUCCAGGCAAUGUUUGUGACAUGAAACAGCUUGCUGCACGCGACUUUGAAGACAUGCUCCAGUGCGCUAUACCAGUGUUUGAGGGCAUCCUGCCCGAUGAAGAGCACAAUCUAAUCCUUCUCGAUAUGCUAUUUUAUCUUGCAAAUUGGCAUGGACUAGCCAAACUUCGCCUUCACACGGACGACUCUCUUGAUCAACUCGAGCAUGCAACAUUUGACUUAAGUGCAUCUGUGCGCAAGUUCCUCCGUCAUGUUUGCCCUUUCUAUGAUACUCGCGAGCUCCCCAAUGAGACAUCAGCUCGAGGGCGCCGAGCACUGACUAAAUCUGCAAUUCAAGCAGCUAGGUCAAAGGGGAAAGGCCGCGCAGCUGAUGUGUCAGUAGACGCCAAGCGGAAGAAGCUGAAUGUGAAUACCUACAAGUUCCAUGUUCUUGGUGACUACGUCAAUCACAUCAGACGUUACGGAACAACGGACAGCUAUAAUUCCCUGCAUGUAAGUCACUCUGAAAUUAUCCCUUUCCCCGACUCAAGCUUUACAGUGCGAACUCGAGCACUGCUCCUCAAAACAAGGUUAUCCAUUCACUGGCAAAAAACACGACUCCAUGUUGCCUGCCAUGACUCGGCUCAAUGCACGCAGCCGUUAUAUUCACAAACUACGCCAUUUUCUCGCUAA